UCAGUCCAACAUGGACGACUUUGUAAUGCAGCAGAGCCAGUGCUAGGACUGAAGAUACGACAACAGAAUACAAAAACCCAUAGGGUAGGCUGCUGUUGCAGCCAGCAGAGAAGAGGUAAAGAUGCCUUCUCCGUCAUUUACCCUCGAUGCCCAGCUAAGAUUUCAUGACAAAUGGCUGAAGAUAGACUUGCAGCGGGCCUUCUCUCCAGAGGGCCUGAGCGAGAUGUGGAACGAGAUGGUGAAGGACGAGGAGAUCACCUUCAAUGGAGAAGAGACAGCCCACCUAGAAGACUGCACGGACUGCUUCGCCACGCAGAAGAAGGAGGAGUCUAACGACAAGGAGAAGAAGGAGGAGGAGGAGACGUCUACGUCGGUCCAUCACUCCAUCAUCGAGACGUGGGACUGGGGCCGACAGCCAGACGAGAAUGAGCUGAAGGACUGCCUGAUGGUUCUGGUGGACGACCAGCAGAAGCUGUCUGCCCAGACGGCCAAGAGCACGCUGUCGGCCCUGCGGCUGCGCCAGCGCCUGGUCAUCCUGGAGCGCUACCUCAUCUCCCUCAGCCACAGCGUCAUGGAGGAGAAGUACAAGUUCCGCUGGAAGUUCCCCGCCACCCCCCCGCAGCCCGCCGUCGACAACAAGAGUCCCCGUCCUGUCAGUAAGAGUGUGGAGGGCCUGGCCAGGGUGGGCUCCAGGGCUGCGUUGUCCUUUGCGUUCGCCUUCCUCCGAAGAGCCUGGAGGUCAGGAGACGACGCCGACCUGUGCAGCGAGCUCCUGCAGGAGUCUCUGGACGCCCUGCGCGCCCUUCCCGAGGCCACCCUGUUUGACGAGCGGACUGUGUCGUCCGUGUGGCUGGAGGUGGUGGAGAGGGCCACCAAGUUCCUCAGCGACGUGCACGGGAGCGCCAGCUCCAAAAGCAACAUUCCCCUGCAGGAUCAGCACCUGGCCCUGGCCAUCCUGCUGGAGCUGGCCGUGCAGAGGGGCACCCUCAGUCAGCUCCUCUCCGCCGUGCUCCUGCUCCUGCGCCUGUGGGACAGCGGCACCCGCGAGAUGGACAACGAGCGCUCCACCCAGGGCACCAGCGCCCCCCUGCUGCCCCUGCUGCAGCGCCUGCAGAGCAUCUACAGCACCAAGGACGAGCCGGUCCCCCAGGAGGAGGGAGAGAUUCUCUCCGCUCCGCUCAGCCCCAACGAGAGCUUCCUGCGCUACCUGACCCUGCCGCAGGACAACGAGUUGGCCAUCGACCUGCGCCAGACGGCCGUGGUCAUCAUGGCCCACCUGGAUCGGCUGGCCUCCCCCUGCAGCCCCCCUCAGUGCAGCUCUCCCACCUCGCACAAGGGAAGCCUCCAGGAGGUGAUUGGCUGGGGACUGCUGGGCUGGAAGCUGUACACCAAUGUGAACGGCCCCAACGAGUGCAAGGCCCUGUCCAGCCUGGGGGUGACCCAGAUCGUGUGCUCCGAGAAGGGCUUCCUCAUCCUGGCCAGCAGUGGGGCCGUCUACACCCAGAACUACAAGUGCACCACUCUGGCCCCCAUGCUGGUCCACGCCCUGACCUCCAGGAAGAUCCUGAAGCUCGCCGCACACCCCGACGGCCAGCACUAUCUGUCCCUGUCCACCAACGGAGAGGUGUUCUCCUGGGGCUGUGGAGACGGAGGCCGCCUGGGUCACGGGGACACCACGUACCUGGAGGAGCCUACCUUGAUCUCAGCCUUCACAGGGAAGCAUGUGGUUCACGUUGCCUGUGGGAGCACCUACAGUGCCGCCAUCACAGCGGACGGAGAGCUGUACACCUGGGGGCGGGGCAACUAUGGCCGGCUGGGCCACGGCUCCAGCGAGGACCAGACCACGCCCAUGCUGGUGACGGCUCUGAAGGGGCUGAAGGUGUUAGAUGUGGCGUGUGGGAGCGGGGACGCCCAGACUCUCGCUGUGACGGAGAACGGUCAGGUGUGGUCGUGGGGGGACGGGGACUACGGCAAGCUGGGCCGGGGCGGCAGCGACGGCUGCAAGACGCCCAAGCUGCUGGAGAAGCUCCAGGACCUGGACACGGUCAGGGUGUUCUGCGGCAGCCAGUUCUCCGUGGCGCUCACCAAGGACGGCCAGGUGUACACCUGGGGGAAGGGGGACAACCAGAGGCUGGGCCACGGCACGGACGAGCACGUGCGCUACCCUAAGCUGCUGGAGAGCCUGCAGGGUAAGAAGGUGGUGGACAUGGGGGUGGGCUCCACCCACUGCCUGGCCCUCACCGAGGAGGGCGAGGUGCACAGCUGGGGCAGCAACGACAAGCUGCAGCACUUCGACACGCUGUUCUCCAAUAAGAAGCAGCCCAAGGCUCUGCCUGGACUCAACUCCAAACACAUCGUGGGCGUGGCCUGUGGGCCAGGCCAGAGUUUCGCCUGGUCCUCGUGCUCCGAGUGGUCGGUGGGGCAGCGCGUGCCCUUCGUGGUGGACGUGUGCCCCAUGACCUUUGAGCAGCUGGACCUGCUGCUGCGGCAGGUGAGCGAGGGCAUGGACGGCGGCUCGGACUGGCCCCCGCCGCAGGAGAAGGAGUGCAUGGUGGUGGCCACCCUCAACCUGCUCCGCCUCCAGCUCCAUGCUGCCAUCAGUAACCAGGUGGACCCGGAGGAGCUGGGCCUGGGCCUGGGCAGCGUCCUGCUCAACAACCUCAAGCAGACGGUGGUGACGCUGGCCAGCAACGCCGGCGUGCUCAACACGGUCCAGACGGCGGCGCAGGCCGUGCUGCAGAGCGGCUGGUCGGUCCUGCUGCCCACGGCCGAGGAGAGAGCCAGGGCUCUGUCCUCCCUCCUGCCCAACGCAGCGUCCGGCAACGAGAUGAGCGUCAGCCCCGGCCGUCGCUUCAUGAUCGACCUGCUGGUCAGCAGCCUGAUGGCGGACGGAGGGCUGGAGUCUGCCCUGAACGCAGCCAUCACCGCCGAAAUCCAGGACAUCGAGGCUAAGAAGGAGGCUCAGAAGGAGAAGGAGAUCGACGAGCAGGAGGCCAACGCCUCCAGCAUGCAGCGCUGCCGCACGGCCCUGGACAAGGACCUCAUCAACACGGGGAUCUACGAGUCUGCAGGGAAGCAGAGCCUGCCCCUGGUGCAGCUGGUGCAGCAGUUGCUGAGGAACAUAGCCUCCCAGACCAUCGGCCGGCUGAAGGACGCGGCCAGGAGGAUCUCCAGCUGCCUGGACGCGGAGAGCGUCAGCAAGGAGCGCUCGGCUUCGCUGGACCUGCUGCUGCGCUUCCAGAGGCUGCUGGUCAGCAAGCUGUACCUGGGGGUCGGAGGGGACGGAGCACACCCAGAGCUCCUGGGAGUGGGCUCCCUGUUGAAGAAGUACAUCUCCCUGCUGUGCACGCACAUCGGGGACAUUCUACCGGUGGCCACCAGCAUCGCCUUCGCUGGACACCGCCACUUUGCCGAAGUGUCUCGUGUCAUCGAGGGAGACCUCACCGGCGUGCUCCUCCCAGAGCUGGUGGUGUCCAUCGUGCUGCUGCUCACCAUAGACGCAGGCCUGAUGCAGGAGACGGGCUCCAUCCCCCUGCUGGCUGGCCUGCUGGAACACCUGGACCGCUUUAACCACCUGGCGCCCGGACACGAGAGGGACGACAACGAGGACCUGGCCUGGCCGGGCAUCAUGGGCUCGUUCUUCACAGGCCAGAGCUCCAGGAACAACGAGGAGGUGUCCCUGAUCCGCAAGGCCGACCUGGAGAACCACAACAAGGACGGGGGCUUCUGGACCGUCAUCGAGGGCAAGGUGUACGACAUCCGGGACUUCCAGGCCCAGUCGCUCACCGGGAACAGCAUCCUGGGUGAUUUGCAGGGGGAGACCCCUGUGAUCGCUCUGGAAGCCGCUCUGCAGUUCGAGGACACCAGGGAGUCCAUGCAGGCCUUCUGUGUGGGCCAGUACAUGGAGCCUAACCAGGAAACGGUGACCACCCCAGACCUGAGCAGUCUGUCCUCACCGCUGAUCGACACGGAGAGGAACCUGGGCCUGCUCCUGGGCCUGCACGCCUCCUACCUGGCCGUGAGCACGCCCCUGGCGCCCAUGGAGAUAGAAUGUGCCAAAUGGCUGAAGUCCUCCAUCUUCUCCGGGGGCCUCCAGACCAGCCAGAUCCACUACAACUACAAUGAGGAGAAGGACGAGGACCACUGCAGCUCCCUGGGCUCCGCCGGCCCCGACAAGACCAAGCUGUCCUCCCGCAGGAUCACCCUCAGCGACCACGCUCAGCCCUUCCUCCAGGCCAUCGCCGACAACACCACCCAGGACCACACUGUCAAGGACUUCCUAUGCCAAAUUGAGCGCUGCUGCAAGCAGUUCCACCUCAUCACGCCCAUCACCUUCCCCCCAGAGCACCCGGUGGAGGAGGUGGGCAGGCUGCUGCUGUGCUGCCUGCUCAAGCACCAGGACCUGGGUCACAUAGCCCUCUCACUGGUCAAUCAAUGUGCCUUGGGCAUGGACCAAUCCAAGCAGAGGUCCCUCCCCAGAUCGGUGAUUGACGUGUGUCGCAUGGUGUACCAGGCCAAGUGCUCUUUAAUCAAGACCCACCAGGAGCAGGGUCGCUCCUACAAGGAGGUGUGUGCCCCCGUGAUCGAGCGCCUGCGCUUCCUGUUCAACGAGCUGCGUCCGGCCGUCAGCAACGACCUGUCCAUCGUGUCCAAGCUGAAGCUGCUGGGGGCCCAGCCGCGCUGGAAGAGGAUCACCCAGAAGCUCAUCAGGGACCGCCGGAAAAAGAGAGUGCCAAAGAAGUCGGAAUCAGCUGACGUCGAGGAGCCCAAACUGGAGAACGCAGGGACCAAUGAGGAGGAGCUGUGCGUCCCAAUAAGCCCCACCCCCGCCGACAGGAAGUCGCCCACCAACAAGACGCCUCCCAAGGAGGAGGAUCGGUGGCAGCCCCUGCUGACCACCGUGGCCAGCGUGCAGAAGUACAAGUGGCUGAAGCACAGUGUCCAGGGCCUGUUCUCCACCUCCAGUCUCAUGGGCACCAUCGUGGAGUUUGCCCUGAAGGAGGAGCCCCUGGACGUGGAGAAGAUGAGGAAGUGCCUCCUCAAACAGCUGGAGCGCGCCGAGGUGAGGCUGGAGGGCAUCGACACCAUGCUGAAGCUGGCCUCCAAGAGCUUCCUCCUGCCCUCUGUCCAGUACAGCAUGCUGUGUGGCUGGCAGAGGGUGGUGCCCGAGGGCACCAACAUAGGGGAGCCGCUGUCUGACUGCCUGAAGGAUGUAGACCUCAUCCCCCCCUUCAACCGCAUGCUGCUGGAGGUGACCUUCGGCAAGCUGUACUCGUGGGCCAUCCAGAACGUGCGCACCAUCCUGCUGGAUGCCACCGCCCGCUUCAAAGAGCUGGGAGUUCAGCCGGUGCCCCUCCAGACCAUCACCAACGAGAACCCGGCGGGGCCCAGCCUGGGCACCAUCCCCCAGGCCCGCUUCCUGCUGGCCAUGCUGCACAUGCUGUCCCUGAAGCACGGGGCCAACAGCCUCAGCCUGCUGCUCAACUCUGGAACCCUGGCCCUCACCCAGAGCAUCCUGCGGCUCAUAGGCCCCAGCACAGACAGCAGCGAGGAGGACCAGGGCCCCGGGGCCCACGGAGGCUCAGCCACGGUCCUGGAGGAGUCCAGGAAGGAGACGACCCCCGCGCCCCUGCCCGCCUCCGGCCCCGAGCUGGCCUCCAUGAUGAAGAUAGGCACCCGGGUCAUGAGAGGGCUGGACUGGAAAUGGGGAGAUCAGGACGGCCCAGCGCCAGGUCUGGGCCGGGUGAUAGGAGAGCUGGGGGAGGACGGCUGGAUCCGGGUGCAGUGGGACACCAGCAGCACCAACUCGUACCGCAUGGGCAAGGAGGGCAAGUACGACCUGAAGCUGGCCGAGCCCCCCGCCGCCUCCCAGCCCACCACCGAGGACUCAGACACCGAGGAUGACACGGAAGGAGAGCCCGUGGAGAAGAGCAGCCACCCCACAGCCAUGAUGCUGACCAGCACGGUGAACCUGCUGAAGACCCUCUCCCUGUCAGCCGGCAUCUACUCUGAGGUGAUGCAGGCCGACGCCACGCGCACACUCUGCGGCCUGCUGAGGACGCUGGUGGAGAGCGGAGCCAGCGACAAGACAGGCUGCCCCACCCUCCGGCAGGUGUGGCGAGAGCAGCACAGGAGCUGGUGCACGCUGGGCUUCGUCCGCAGCGUGGCCCUCAUGCCCCAGAUGUGCAGCACGCUCAGCACCUCCGCCUGGAUCGGCCUGCUCGUCAGGAUCGUGGAGGGCCAGCAGGCCUUCAACGCCGUCUCCCUGCAGAGACAGAUCCUGGCCCUGCGUCUGCUGCAGGCCGUGCUGCCGUCCUGGGACAAGACGGAGCGCUGUCAGGACAUGAAGUUUCUGGUGGAGAAGCUGUUCUGCUUCCUGGGCAGCCUGCUCAGCACCUGCUCCUCCGACCUGCCCCUGCUCAGAGAGGGCUCUCUACGGCGCAGGAAGUCCCGCCCCCAGGCCUCCCUCACGGCCACUCACAGCAGCACGCUGGCUGAGGAGAUCGUGGCGGCCCUGCGCUCGCUGCACUCCCUGGCCCAGUGGAACGGCCUCAUCAACGACUACAUCAACGCCCAGCUCAGCUGCAUCGGCGACGUGAUGGCCGGCCGCCACGCCGAAGCGUCUGUCCUGGAGGACUUCCUCCCCGACUCGGAGGGCCCCCGGGCGGGCAGCCUGAUGGCGGUGCUGGCCGUGAUCGGCGGCAUCGACGGCCGCCUGCGCCUGGGCGGCCAGGUGGUGCACGAGGAGUACGGUGAGGGCAUCGUGACACGCAUCACGCCCAGGGGUCGCAUCACCGUGCAGUUCCACGACAUGAGGACCUGCCGCGUCUGCCUGCUCAGCCAGCUCAAACCGCUGCCGGUGGCUCCGUUCAGCGUUCAGAACCUCCCCUUCACAGAGCCCAUGCUGGCUGUGUGGGCCCAGCUGGUCAACCUGGCAGGCAGCAGGCUGGAGAAGCAGCGCAUGAAGAAGUCCCUGAGCCGCGGGCUCACAGCCGACCAGGUGGACGUGCAGCUCCUCCGCUGUCAGCAGCUGAGGCUGUACAUCCUGAAGGCAGCGCGGGCUCUGCUGGCUCACCAGGACAAGCUGCGCCACAUCCUGUCCCAGCCAGCCGUGCUCGACCUGGGGCCCAGCACCGGCGAGGAUCCAGUAGCUCUGUCUCCCGACGUGGGGGACCUGUCCCCCGAGGGGCCCCUGCCCCCGCUGCUCCUCCUCCAGCAGCUGCUGUCCGCUGCCACCCAGCCCUCCCCCAUCAAGGCCCUGUUCCAGAGGCAGGAGCUGGAGGCCGCCGCCCUGGCGGUGUGCCAGUACCUGGCGGUGGAGUCCACCCACCCGUCGUCCCCGCUGUUCGAGGACAGCUGCUCCAGCGAGGCCACCACGCCCGUCACCGUGCAGCAGGCCCGCCCGCCCCGCCAGCGCAGGCCCAAGGCGGCCACGCCGCGCCCCCCGCUGCCCCUGGUGCUGCAGCUCAUGGAGAUGGGCUUCCAGCGCAGGAACAUCGAGCACGCCCUCAAGUCUCUGUCGGGGACGGCCACCGGCACCUCGGGCGUGCCAGGCGUGGAGGCGCUGGUGGGCUGGCUGCUGGACCACCCGGACGUGCCCCCGUCGGAGCUGUCCGACGCCGACACGCUCUCCGAGGAGGAGUCGGACGAGGAGGUGCUGGAGGAGCAGGAGGAGGCCGAACCUGCCUUCCCUGUGCCUCCGGGAGCCGUGGUGACCGAGAGCCAGACCUUUAAGAAGCGCUCCGACUUCCAGAGCAACGACGACUACGCCGUCUACAUGAGGGAGCACAUCCAGGUGGGGAUGAUCGUGAAGUGCUGCCGGACGUAUGAGGAGGUGUACGAGGGCGACGUGGGCAAGGUGAUCAAGCUGGACCGCGACGGCCUGCACGACCUCAACGUGCAGUGUGACUGGCAGCUGAAGGGAGGGACCUACUGGGUCCGCUACAUCCACACUGAGCUGCUGGGCUUCUCCCCUCAGGGCUCCUCCUACCACAUCAAGAUCGGAGACAAGGUCCGCGUGAAGCUGUCCGUCACCACGCCCAAGUACAAGUGGGGCUCGGUGACUCAUCGCAGCGUGGGCGUGGUCAAAGCCUUCAGCGCCAACGGGAAGGAUGUGAUCGUGGACUUCCCCCAGCAGUCUCACUGGACCGGCCUGCUGUCAGAGAUGGAGCUGGUGCCUAGCGUGCACCCUGGAGUCAGGUGUGACGGCUGUCAGAUGUUCCCCAUCAACGGCCCCAGGUUCAAGUGCCGGAACUGUGACGACUUUGAUUUCUGUGAGAACUGCUACAAGAACCGCAAACACAACACCAGACACUCCUUCAGCAGGAUCAACGAACCAGGCCAGACGCCGGCCUUCUGCGGCCGCUCGGGCAAGCAGCUGAAGAAGGCCCACGGCGGGCAGCGCGGCAUGCUGAUCGACGAGUGGGCCCGCGCCGUCAAGAGCCUCAGCGUGUCGUCCACCGUCAACCAGGCGUCGCGCCUCAUCGACGGCAGCGAGCUGUGCUGGCAGUCCUCUGGCUCCCAGGGGAAGCACUGGAUCCGUCUGGAGCUCUUCCCAGAUGUGCUGGUACACCGGCUGAAGAUGACCGUGGACCCUGCAGACAGCAGCUACAUGCCCUCCCUGGUGGUGGUCUCAGGCGGCAGCUCCCUGAACAACCUCAUCGAGCUGAAGACCAUCACCAUCAACCCUACGGACACCACCGUCCCUCUGCUGAACGACUGCACCGAGUAUCACCGCUACGUGGAGGUGGCCAUCAAGCAGUGCCGCAGCUCCGGGAUCGACUGUAAGAUCCACGGGCUGGCCCUCGUGGGCCGCGUCCGGGCCGAGGACGAAGACCUGGCCACCAUCCCCUUCCUGGCCUCCGACAACGAGGAGGACGACGAGGACAAGACCGCCACUGGGAGCCUGGCGAGGAAGAAGUCAUCUGGGUUGGAGUCGGCCGCCACCAUCCGGACCAAGGUGUUCGUCUGGGGCCUGAACGACAAGGACCAGCUGGGUGGGCUCAAGGGCUCCAAGAUCAAGGUGCCGUCCUUCUCGGAGACGCUGUCCGCUCUCAACGUGGUGCAGGUGGCCGGGGGCUCCAAGAGCCUGUUCGCAGUGACGGCCGAGGGGAAGGUGUACGCGUGCGGCGAGGCCACCAACGGGCGCCUGGGCCUGGGCCUGUCCAGCGGCACCAUCCCCAUCCCCCGACAGGUGGGGGCCCUCAGCAGCUACGUGGUGAAGAAGGUGGCGGUGCACUCUGGGGGGCGCCACGCCAUGGCGCUCACCGUGGACGGCAAGGUGUUCUCCUGGGGAGAGGGCGACGACGGCAAGCUGGGCCACUUCAGCCGGAUGAACUGUGACAAGCCGCGGCUGAUCGAGGCCCUGAAGACCAAGCGCAUCCGGGACAUUGCGUGCGGCAGCUCCCACAGCGCGGCCAUCACCUCCAGCGGGGAGCUGUACAGCUGGGGCCUGGGGGAGUACGGACGCCUGGGCCACGGGGACAACACCACCCAGCUCCGACCCAAACUGGUGAAGGUGCUUCUGGGUCACCGGGUCAUCCAGGUGGCUUGUGGGAGCAGGGACGCCCAGACUCUGGCCCUCACCGAUGAAGGGCUGGUGUUCUCCUGGGGCGACGGGGACUUUGGGAAGCUGGGCCGGGGGGGCAGCGAGGGCUGCAACGCGCCCCAGAACAUCGAGAGGCUCAACGGGCAGAGCGUGUGUCAGAUCGAGUGCGGGGCCCAGUUCUCCCUGGCGCUCACCAAGUCUGGAGUGGUGUGGACCUGGGGCAAGGGGGACUACUUCCGCCUGGGCCACGGCACGGACGUGCACGUGCGGAAGCCCCAGAUGGUGGAGGGGCUGCGGGGGAAGAGGAUCAUCCACGUGGCCGUGGGGGCGCUGCACUGCCUGGCCGUCACCGAGACCGGACAGGUGUACGCGUGGGGCGACAACGACCACGGGCAGCAGGGCAACGGCACCACCACGGUGAACAGGAAGCCCACGCUGGUGCAGGGCCUGGAGGGCCAGAAGAUCACGCGCGUGGCCUGUGGCUCCUCCCACAGCGUGGCCUGGACCACCGUGGACAUGACCACACCCUCCGUGCACGAGCCUGUGCUCUUCCAGACCGCCAGGGACUCCCUGGGGGCCUCCUAUCUAGGUGUGCAGUCGGACAGCGGAGACCCGGCCGUGAGUAACAAGCAGAGUGGGCCGAGCAGCGUGAAGCCCCACCGGCCCUCGCUGGCCAAGAUCCUGCUGUCCCUGGAGGGCAACCUGGCCAAGCAGCAGUCCUUGUCUCACGUCCUGUCUGCCCUGCAGAUCCUGUACGCCAGGGACGCGGUGGUCGGCGCCCUGAUGCCCGCCUGCAUGAUGAUUCCCAUGGAGUGUCCCUCCAGCCCCCCGGCCCCCCUCUCCGACUCCUCCUCCUCCUCCAGCCCGUCCGAGGCCGAGGGCCCCCCGCUGCCCGCCGAGGCGGAGGAGCGCGUCAGCCCCAACCCCUGGCAGGACCGCAAGGGAGAGGUCAGCUCCUCGGAGGACGCCGUCACGCCCUCGUCGGCCGUCACGCCCUCCGCCGCCGCCGCCUCCGCCCGCCCCUUCAUCCCCGUGACCGACGACCCCGGAGCCGCCAGCAUCAUAGCCGAGACCAUGACCAAGACCAAAGAGGACUCAGAGAGCCAGAACAAGGUGGUGGGUCCGGAGCCCCAGUACCUGGACGAGUUCACCAGCCUCCUGGUCCCCGACGACACGCGGGUCAUGGUGGACCUGCUGAAGCUGGCCGUGUCGGUCCGAGCCGGGGACAAGGGCAGGGAGGUGCUCUCGGCCGUGCUGUCGGGCAUGGGCACCGCGUACCCGCAGGUGGCAGACAUGCUGCUGGAGCUGUGCGUGACGGAGCUGGAGGACGUGGCGUCCGACUCCCAGAGCGGCCGGCUGUCCUCCCAGCCCGUGGUGGUGGAGAGCAGCCACCCCUACACCGACGACACCUCCACCAGCGGCACCGUCAAGAUCCCAGGCGCUGAGGGACUGAGAGUGGAAUUCGACCGCCAGUGUUCCACCGAGAGACGCCACGACCCUCUCACCAUCAUGGACGGAGCCAAUCGGAUCGUCUCCGUCAGAUCAGGGAGGGAGUGGUCUGAUUGGUCCAGCGAGCUGAGGAUCCCGGGAGAUGAGCUCAAGUGGAAGUUCACCAGCGACGGCUCCGUCAACGGCUGGGGCUGGCGCCUCACGGUCUACCCCAUCAUGCCUGCUGCCGGGCCCAAAGACCUCCUGUCUGACCGCUGCAUCCUGUCCUGCCCCUCCAUGGCGCUGGUCACCUGCCUGCUGGACUUCCGGCUCAACUUUGCCUCCAACAGGAGCAUCGUGCCCCGCCUGGCCGCCUCGCUGGCAGCCUGCGCCCAGCUCAGCGCCCUGGCGGCGGGGCAUCGCAUGUGGGCCCUGCAGCGCCUCCGCAAGCUGCUGACCACCGAGUACGGCCAGUCCAUCAACAUCAACCGGCUGCUGGGGGACAGCGAGGGGGAGACGCGCUCCAUGAGUUUUACAGGCAGUGCGCUGGCCGCCCUGGUGAAGGGCCUGCCCGAGGCCCUGCAGAGGCAGUACGAGUACGAGGACCCCAUCGUCAGGGGAGGGAAGCAGCUCCUCCACAGCCCCUUCUUCAAGGUGUUGGUGGCGCUGGCGUGCGACCUGGAGCUGGACGCGCUGCCCUGCUGCGCCGAGACGCACAAGUGGGCGUGGUUCAGGCGCUACUGCACGGCGUCCCGAGUGGCCGUGGGGCUGGACAGGAGGACGCCCCUGCCCAAGCCCUUCCUGGACGAGGUGACCAAGAAGAUCCGCGAGCUCAUGGCCGAUCACGAGAGCCUGAGCGGCCUCCACGAGAGCCACGACGCCUUCCGCCGCGAGCACGACGAGCAGCUGGUGCAGUGGAUGAACCGCCGGCCCGACGACUGGACGCUGUCGGCGGGGGGCAGCGGCACCAUCUACGGCUGGGGCCACAACCACCGCGGCCAGCUGGGCGGCAUCGAGGGGGCCAAGGUCAAGGUGCCCACCCCGACGGAGGCCCUGGCCACGCUGAGGCCGGUGCAGCUGAUUGGAGGCGAGCAGACGCUGUUUGCCGUGACGGCGGACGGGAAGCUCUAUGCCACAGGUUACGGGGCGGGCGGCAGGCUGGGGAUCGGGGGCACGGAGUCGGUGUCCACCCCCACCCUGCUGGAGUCCAUCCAGCACGUGUUCAUCCGGAAGGUGGCGGUGAACUCCGGCGGGAAGCACUGCCUGGCGCUGUCGUCCGAGGGCGAGGUGUACUCCUGGGGGGAGGCCGAGGACGGGAAGCUGGGCCACGGGAACCGGAGCCCCUGCGACCGCCCCCGGGUCAUCGAGUCCCUGCGGGGGGUGGAGGUGGUGGACGUAGCGGCGGGCGGCGCCCACAGCGCCUGCAUCACGGCCAGCGGGGAGCUGUACACCUGGGGCAAGGGCCGCUACGGCCGGCUGGGCCACGGGGACAGCGAAGACCAGCUCAAACCCAAACUGGUGGACGCGCUGCAGGGCCACCGGGUGAUCGACGUGGCGUGCGGCAGCGGCGACGCCCAGACGCUGUGCCUGUCGGACGACGACAUGGUGUGGUCGUGGGGCGACGGGGACUACGGCAAGCUGGGCCGGGGCGGCAGCGACGGCUGCAAGGUCCCCAUGAAGAUCGACUCCCUGACGGGGCUGGGCGUGGUCAAGGUCGAGUGCGGCUCCCAGUUCUCUGUGGCGCUCACCAAGUCUGGGGCAGUGUACACCUGGGGGAAAGGAGACUACCACCGCCUGGGCCACGGCUCGGACGACCACGUGCGGCGACCCCGACAGGUGCAGGGGCUCCAGGGGAAGAAGGUCAUCGCCAUAGCGACGGGGUCCCUCCACUGCGUGUGCUGCACGGAGGAUGGAGAAGUGUACACCUGGGGGGACAACGACGAGGGCCAGCUGGGAGACGGGACCACCAACGCCAUCCAGCGGCCGCGGCUGGUCGCCGCGCUGCAGGGCAAGAAGAUCAACCGGGUGGCCUGUGGCUCCGCCCACACGCUGGCCUGGUCCACGAGCAAGCCCACCAACGCUGGCAAGCUGCCCGCUCAGGUGCCCAUGGAAUACAACCACCUCCAGGAGAUCCCCAUCAUAGCCCUGAGGAACAGGCUGCUGCUGCUGCACCACAUCUCGGAGCUCUUCUGCCCCUGCAUCCCCAUGUUCGACCUGGAGGGCCGUCUGGGCCAGGCGGGCCACGGGCCCCCGGUGGGCUUCGACACGCUGCGCGGCAUCCUCAUCUCCCAGGGCAAGGAAGCGGCGUUCCGGAAGGUCGUCCAGGCGACCAUGGUGCGGGACCGCCAACAUGGCCCGGUGGUGGAGCUCAACAGGAUACAGGUGAAGCGCUCCCGCAGCAAAGGGGGCCUGGCGGGCCCAGACGGCACCAAGUCUGUGUUUGGUCAGAUGUGCUCCAAGAUGAGCUCCUUCAGCCCUGACAGCCUGCUGCUGCCCCACCGCGUCUGGAAGGUCAAAUUUGUGGGCGAGUCUGUGGAUGACUGUGGCGGAGGCUACAGUGAGUCCAUAGCAGAGAUGUGUGAGGAGCUGCAGAACGGCCUGACCCUGCUGCUCAUCGUCACCCCCAACGGGCGCGACGAGUCGGGCGCCAACCGGGACUGCUUCCUGCUCAACCCCGCCGCCAAGACCCCCCUGCACAUGAACAUGUUCCGCUUCCUGGGAGUUCUCCUGGGCAUCGCUAUCAGAACAGGCAGCCCCCUCAGUCUGAACCUGGCAGAACCCGUCUGGAAGCAGCUGGCCGGCAUGAACCUCACCAUCGCUGACCUCAGUGAGGUGGAUAAGGACUUCAUCCCGGGGCUGAUGUACAUCCGGGACAACGAGGCGACGGCGGAAGAGUUUGAGGCGAUGACGCUGCCCUUCACCGUGCCCAACGCCAGCGGCCAGGACAUCCAGCUGAGCUCCAAGCACUCCCACAUCACCCUGGAGAACCGCGCCGAGUACGUCCGCCUGGCCAUCAACUACAGGCUCCAUGAGUUUGACGAGCAGGUGUGUGCGGUGCGUGAGGGCAUGGCCCGGGUGGUCCCGGUGCCCCUGCUCUCCCUCUUCACCGGCUACGAGCUGGAGACCAUGGUGUGUGGCAGCCCAGACAUCCCCCUGCACCUCCUCAAGUCGGUGGCCACCUACAAGGGGGUGGAGCCCACGGCGCCCCUCAUCCAGUGGUUCUGGGAGGUGAUGGAGUCCUUCUCCAACACAGAGAGGUCCCUGUUCCUGCGCUUCGUCUGGGGCCGCACCCGCCUGCCCCGCACCAUCGCCGACUUCCGGGGACGAGACUUCGUCGUACAGGUGCUGGACAAGUACAACCCUCCGGACCACUUCCUGCCCGAGUCGUACACCUGCUUCUUCCUGCUCAAGCUGCCCAGGUACUCCUGCAAGCUGGUGCUGGAGGAGAAGCUCAAGUACGCCAUCCACUUCUGCAAGUCCAUCGACACGGACGACUACGCCCGCAUCGCGCUGACGGGCGAGCCGGCCGCCGACGACAGCAGCGAGGACUCGGACAACGAAGACGCCGACUCCUUCGCCUCGGACUCCACGCAGGAUUACCUGACCGGACACUGACUCCCUGACCUUUAACCCCCUGACCCCCCCCCCCGCGCGCGCGCGCUCGCCGGAGAAAAUGGGGCAAAGGCCCCCCCCAAAGACUAAAUGAGGAUGAGAAAACGCGACCGCGCUGAAUCUCACCUAUUGAUACGUACACACACAUAUGCAUUCAUACACACACACACAUUUAUACACACACUCAUGCACACACACACACACAUGCAUUCUGCUACGACUCACCCUUACGUGGAGAAGAAAAAAAGUGAAUUAUGUGCAAUUAGCUUUGACGGCACUGUACGCCAGAGAAGAAACCUAGACUCUCAUAUAGUCUGUUUAAAAAUAAUUUGGAGGGGAAGAGUCGCACCAGGGGUCGUCAUGUCCCCUGAGACCCCUGUUGGGCGCGCAGCCUAGCGCUGUGGUAGACGCGCGAGCCGUCUAUCUUUAGAUUGUUGUACGUUGUGAAGGAUGCCUGACAAAUGAGUAGGAUUGCGUUUUUUUUCUUUUCCUUUUCCAUUCUUUCUCUGUCACAAGGGUUUUCUUCAAAAGAACCUUUUUAAGAUUCAGUGUCAGUGUUUCUCACUCGGCUCGCACCAAUCAGAACCGGGGGGAGGAAGGUCAUGUGACAACGACUGUCUCUCGAUUUAACACACGUGUAUGCUGCACUGUCCUAUGAAAAAAAUGUAUAUAAUGAUUGUGCCAUGUAUUCAUGAAAAGGUCUCAUUCCUGCAUAUUAAAUGUUAAUAAAAACAAUUCUGUUAAUAAAUUAAAAUGAUAAAAA